GAGGGAGAAGGGGAUCGGGAAAGGGGAGAGAGGGGAGAGAGAAAGAGAUAGAGAGAGGGGGAGAAAGGAGGGAGAGAGAGAGAGAAGGGGAUGGGAAAGAGGGGAGAGAGAGAGAAAGGGCACGAGCGUUUACAGCUGCUAUAAAGUAAGUGAGAACAGGAACUAACUCAUUUCCCUGAAUAUAAACAGAUUUAAAGUGUGAAGUUGUUGUUCAGUAACUCCAGUAAGUCUGACUUUAUUAUAUCGUGUCUUUAUUCCGUUAAUUAUUACAUGUAACAAUUAAAGCAACUGUUUUCUCCAACAGAAAUACCCCUGAGGUAACCAGAGGUGAUGUAUUCUCGCGGUAUUCAGCGGGAUUUAAAAUUUAAACGGAGUUAACAUCAUUUCCGCUUUGGUGUUGCUUAACUUCCGGAACGCAAACUUUCCGUCGAGAGGAAACUUACUCGGCUUUUUUUUUUUUUAAGUUUAUUGUGUAUUCUACACUGAGAUUAUAAAAUGUCGGGUGUUUUAUCCCCAAGUGUGUUGGCUCAGGCUCCGGUUCCGGGCGGUACCGCGGGGAUUGUGAUCGGAGAUGCGGUUUAUUCGGGAGUUUUGUUGGCCAUAGACAGCUCUCUGGUGCCGGAGGAGAAGCGCUCGGAGACUCCGUCCAUGCGGGACGGGCUGGAGCUCCACACCGAGACCGAGUUCAGGAUCCUGGGCUGUGAAUUCAUCCAGUCUGCGGGGAUCCUCCUGAGACUCCCACAGGUUGCUAUGGCGACGGGACAGGUCCUCUUUCAGCGGUUCUUUUACUCCAAAUCUUUCAUCAAACACAACUUUGAGAUUGUGGCCAUGGCGUGUGUGAAUCUCGCCUCUAAGAUCGAGGAGUCUCCGAGGAGGGUGCGUGACGUCAUCAACGUGUUCCAUCACCUGAAGCAGGGAGGAGGAAAGAGAAGUAUUCCACUGUUCCUGGAUCAGAAUUACAUCAACACCAAAAACCAGGUGAUUAAAGCGGAGCGGCGGGUGCUGAAGGAGCUUGGCUUCUGCGUCCACGUAAAACACCCGCACAAGAUGAUCGUGAUGUAUCUGCAGGUGCUGGAGUGUGAGAAGAAUCAGAUCCUGGUGCAGACGGCCUGGAACUAUAUGAACGAUGCGCUCAGGACCGAUGUGUUUGUGAGGUUUGAACCGGAGACCAUUGCGUGUGCCUGUAUCUACCUGGCUGCUCGGGCUCUACAGAUUCCUCUCCCCACCAACCCGCACUGGUUCCUCCUGUUCGGAGCAUCGGAGUCGGAGAUCAGGGACAUCUGCAUCAGCACGCUGAAACUGUACUCCAUGAGGAAGCCGGACAUUGCACAGUUGGAGAAGGAGGUGGAGAAGAGGAAGGUGUUUCUGGAGGAGGAGAAACUGAAGGUGAAGGGUGUGAACUACAGCAUCACUCCGGCUCUCAAACCCAACACCACCUUCUCUCCUGCUUCUAAACCUGGUUCUCCAAAGGAAGUGAAGACUGAAGAAAACUGUGAGGAGAGAGAGGAGCGACACCUGAACUCCAAAAGCCCAAUCACCAGAAUAAAGAAGGUGGAGGGUGGAGUAGUACAGAAUGGCCACGCUGCCUCCAGGGGGCGCUCUCCAUCCCCCUCUCCGCACACACGGCAGAGUCACUCAGGAACCUACAGCUCUCCCAGCAGCCCCAGCCCGUCGCCGCGGCAACACCGAAGUCAGAGAGAUCAGAGUCGCCACGCAGACAGGCGGAGACGCUCCCGCUCCCUCAGCGACUCACGGGGUCGUCACCGCGACGACGGGAAACGCAAAAGCAAAAGCGAGCACUGGGAGAGAAGAGAGCGGGAGCGGUCACAUGAUCGCGGAAGGUCACGUGAUUACAGGCGUAAAGACGAGAGCAGAACACGUUCCUCACAUUCUCGCCACAGCAGGUGGUAUGUGUGUUCGAGCGACUCACCUCAUAGCAACAAAGACGACAUUAAUGCUGAUGUUACGCUCCAGCAGCAGAGAUGAAAAAAAAAAGCACAGCAUCGGAUUCAGACUCUGCCGGCAGGUGCAUCAUGAUGUCAUCAUCACAGCAGAUUUGGAGGCAUCUGGAGGAGGCAGAGGGUCGAUCAUCGAUGGACGAGUGAGAACCUGUGCAGUUACCAUUACACACACACACACACACAUACACACCGGACUUUCAGGGAAUUCAUUACAAAUAAAGUGUACAAUAAUGAUGCUUAUAAAUCAUUAUUUAUAAUGUUUUAUGUCACAACAUUUAAAACAAAUAAAUAAAAAUUUCUAAAGUUCUAAUACGAACACUAGCUAGUUAAUAAUAUAUGAAACGGAGACAAAAUGUCUGACGUUUUCAUAAAAAUACAAAUCAGAGCUGGGGUUCUAAUGUAUUUCUGGUGUUUGGGACAGAACAAAAAUGGCUGAAUUUCUAAUAAAAAUGUUUCUGGAACGGAGCCAUAACAUUCUCCAAUCAGAAUCAGAGCUUGUCUUUCUAAAAGGAAAAUCACCAACCCUUAUUUCUGGUGUUUAUGAUGGAACCAAAAUGACUGACGUUAUAUUGAGAAGCUUACCUCGGCAGUGUGAGCACAGUGUGUGGAGUGUGUGAGAAACACACAGAUGAACAUGUGACACUCACUGAUAUAGUG